GGAAAACUACUUCUUCAUUUUUGCUUUUUGGUUAGAGCUUGACUGUAACUUCUUGCUGCAGUCUGGCAAUGCCUGUGGAUUUCAGCGGAACCUGGAACCUCAUCAGCAAUGACAACUUUGAAGGUUACAUGGUGGCCUUAGGUAUUGACUUUGCAACACGCAAGAUAGCAAAAAUGCUGAAGCCUCAGAAAGUGAUCAAACAAGACGGUGAUUCGUUUUAUAUCCACACCACUAGCACAUUCAGAGAUUACGCGCUUCAAUUCAAAAUUGGCGAAGAGUUUGAAGAAGAUAAUAAAGGCCUGGAUAACAGAAAAUGCAAGAGCCUAGUUACCUGGGAAGGUGACAAACUCGUCUGUGUCCAGACUGGUGAGAAGAAGAACAGGGGCUGGACUCACUGGCUGGAAGGAGAUGACCUCCACCUGGAGCUUCGUUGUGAGAAUCAAGUAUGUAAACAGGUCUUCAAGAGAGCUUGAAUACGUGUACGGGUCCCUGCAUGAAGAGACGGCUGUAUACAGGAGACCUCACCCUCGUGUCCAGUGCUGGCUGUACAGACAAGAACUGACUCCUCCUGUUAACCUACACGGUCUGAUGUUUCUGGCUCAGGAAAUAAAGUCUGCUGUUGCCAGUGUUAAAGAUCU